GGGCAGGGGCUGGAUUGGCAGCGGGGGCUCCCGAGAGCCAAGUUUGACCUUCACGGAGCAGGACAGUGGAGGGCUGAGCCUGGGGGAAAGGAGGGGAGAGGAGAAACUCCUCCUUUGCGGGGUCACCUCCGUGCCCGGCGGGCGCCCGCGUCCCUCCCCCCCGGUGCAUCAUGGCGUCGCGCAUCGGCCUGCGAAUGGAGCUGAUGAAGCAGCAAGCGCAGCAGGAGGCCGAGAGGGAGCGCAUGCAGCAGCAGAUGAUGAUGAACUAUAUGCAGCAGCAGCGGAUGCCGGUGGCUUCUACCCCGGCCAUCAACACUCCCGUCCACUACCAGUCCCCACCGCCCGUGCCCGGAGAGGUCCUCAAGGUCCAGUCCUACCUGGAGAACCCCACCACGUACCACCUGCAGAAGUCACGGGACAAGAAGGUUCAGGCUUAUCUCUCCGAAACCUACGGGAACAAGUUUGCUGCCCACGUCAGCCCCGUCAGCCACUCUCCCAAGCCACCCCCUGCCGCGUCCCCCGGCGUCCGACCCAGCCACGUCAUGUCCUCCUCGGCGGGCAACAGUGCGCCCAACAGCCCCAUGGCCAUGCUCAACAUCGGCUCCAACCCCGAGCGGGAGUUCGAUGAGGUCAUCGAUGACAUCAUGCGCCUGGAUGACGUUUUGGGCUAUAUGAACCCCGAAGUCCACAUGCCCAACACACUGCCGAUGUCCAGCAGUCACAUGAAUGUCUAUAGCGGGGACCCCCAGGUGACGGCCUCUCUUGUAGGUGUCACCAGCAGCUCCUGCCCCGCCGACCUCACCCAGAAGAGAGAGCUGACAGAUGCCGAGAGCCGAGCCCUGGCGAAAGAGCGCCAGAAGAAAGACAAUCACAACCUGAUCGAGAGACGGCGAAGGUUUAACAUCAACGACCGCAUUAAAGAGUUGGGGAUGCUGAUCCCCAAGGCCAACGACCUAGACGUGCGCUGGAACAAAGGGACAAUCCUGAAGGCGUCUGUGGACUACAUCAAGAGGAUGCAGAAGGACUUGCAGAGGUCACGAGACCUGGAGAAUCACUCACGGCGUCUGGAGAUGACGAAUAAGCAGCUGCUGCUCCGCAUCCAGGAGCUGGAGAUGCAGGCACGUGUCCACGGGCUGCCCACCUCCUCGCCCUCGGGCGUCAACGUGGCCGAGCUGGCUCAGCAGGUGGUCAAGCAAGAAGCCGGCGGGGACGAGGGGACGCUGGAGCCACUGCUGCCACCCCCGGACCCCGAGUCACAGCCGCAGCCGGCGCUGCCUCCACCACCCCAGUCUCCCUACCACCAGCUGGACUUUACCCACAGCCUGAGCUUCGACGACGGCUCCCGGGGCUUCCCGGACAGCCUGGAGCCCGGCCACAGUGCUUCGUUCCCUUCCCUAUCCAAGAAGGAGCUGGACUUGAUGCUGAUGCAGGACACCAUGCUGCCCCUGGCCUCCGAUCCCUUGUUCUCGGCGAUGUCCCCGGAGGCCUCCAAGGCCAGCAGUCGCCGGAGCAGCUUCAGCAUGGAGGACGCAGACAUGCUGUGACGAGGAGCUGUUCCGACACUGGGGGCGAGGACUGGACCUUCAAGUUUGGUUAGUGAAGUUACAGGGCACUCUUCUCGCAGGGGGAGCCCAUCCUGCCACGCACUUGAAUCUACGUAGGAGUACCUUUUCUCUAUGCAACGGGGGUCUCGGAUCAAGGCUCGCCGGGUACCGCCGUGUCUUUCGCAAGCUUUUUUUUUUUGCCAGGAGCUGGAGCAGACCUUCUUGGCUUGCCGUGGCGUUGGCCUGACUGCAGAUUCCCCAGCCCAGGAGCGUGAUCUCGGCUGCUUUGCCUUUCAGCGAAACCCUCCCGGACUGUCCCCCUUCCCCAGGGUGCUGGCCCAGAGCCGGAGCGGGCAGGAACCUUCGAGUCCCUGGGAGGAGAGGGACGAUGCUCAGAGCUUUUUGUCUGGCUUGCUGCCUCCUUGCCUCCUUGCCACAUCCCCAACGAGUCUUCCCCAGCGGUGGCCUCCGAGCCCGGCAGAUGCUUCACGGUGCCACAUCCUUCACGGUUCCUCCUUCCUCGGAGCACGCGCUGCCUCUCCGGGUUGCAGGGCUGGAGGGAGAAGAGGUGCUUAAUUGGAGCAAGUUAAUUCAUGGGGCGUGGGGGGUGUUGUCUGAGUGAGCUGGGUCUGAGGCUACGAAUUCGGGUCGACGUUGAGGGCUUCCAAACUGGCCGGGACAGGGUGUUUGAUGCUCGCCCAACCCCCUGCUGUGACCCCCACCUUUCAGGAGGACCCCCCCUUCAGGGUUUGGCAGCAUCCACCACCUCAAAACCUCGCUGGCUUCUGGACAAGGGCUGCAUGGUGCCAGGCAACCUUCAGCCUCCCUCGAGACAUCCCCACAGAGCUGCCUCUGCCCCGUAACGCCAAGCUGUGGCUCUUCAGGUGGAAGGAUAAAGGGGUUUUACACUUUUUUGGGGGGGAAUACUUGCUGAAAGCGGGUGUCCUGCCCCACAUCUGGGCAUGGAGGUCCAGGCUCUGGCUGGGGGACCAGGGAACGGUUUGUACUGUUUUUUGAUUGCCAAACCUGAGCCGCCGCUCUCUGCCUUAGGCUCGCAGGGUUUAUUUCUCUUCCCAGCGUCGCCAGCUCGUUCCCCAGCCAGGACGGCUCGGUGAUGGGGAGCUGCUUUGGGCUCUGCAUCAUCUUCUGCCUUCUCAGCCCGGCUGGCGGUGGGGAGGGAGCUGGGCAGGGGAGGGGGACGCUGUUCACAGGGAAAAUACUGCACAAAUUUGUUGUAAAGCCCAAAGGGGAGCACAGGGAAGGCUGGGGAGAGGAGACCCCUUUGUGAUCCUGCACUAUAGCACAGCAUCACCCCCCCGGGCCAUGGGAGCUGUGGCUGGAUGGACGGGAGCCCACGCGGGGAUAGGGGUCACUGGGUGCAGCCCGUCCUGGACCAAGGAUGGGGGAUGUCACGGGGUUGGGACCGCGAGAGGAAAGCCCAGCCAAGGAGGGACAAGCUUGCUCCAUCGUGGUUGGAUUUGGGAUCGUGAGGUGGGGGGACAGCCCCGGUGCCCCCCUGGAGAGGUGUCUGUCGGACAUGAGGGUGUGAGGAAGUGCAGAAGGCGGGGAAGAGAGGGGAAAAGGAAGAGGGAGGACAUGUCGG